CUCUUGAUGGGUGGGUGGCUGGGCGGUUGCCGAAGCGGCAAAAAUGCUGAGCCACUUGUCUUCGCGGUGCCCCUUGCAAUGGGUCUCCAACCUGACAAUGGGCUUGGAACAGGGGCCGUCGUCUACCGGCGUAGCUACGUCGGCGACUGUCAAUCAAAAUUAUGAAUAACGCUGCCAGCAGCGUACUGCCUAGGGUCAGUUGCCUCCAAUUGGCUACCGCCCCCCAAGAACACCCCCAUCCAAAUCACUGGCUCAUGGGCCACCCACCCCUCCCAUCUAGGCGACGAGGUGAGAGCCCCUCGGAGCAUUUGCCAGUUGUCAUUUGGUUCCCAUUGCAAGCGGACGGGCCACGUGGACUUGGAUUUGGUUUGCUGGUCGGAGUAGCGCCCAGUACUCACUACACAAUUCCCGCAAUGGCAGCUGGUGUCUUCAAGAGCUUUAUGCGCGAUUUCUUUGCGGUGAAAUACGAUGACCAGCAGAGUGAUCCACAAUCGGAGCGAAUCGAUGGCAAUGGCCGCCAUUAUCCCAACUGCUCUUCGGAUGUUUGGUUGCGAUCCUGCGAGCGUGAGAUUGUCGAUCCCAUCGAGGGACAUGUAAGCGGACAUAUACCGUCCUGGAUAACUGGCAGCCUCCUCCGGAAUGGUCCCGGCAGCUGGAAGGUGGGCGACAUGACCUUUGGCCACCUGUUUGACUGCUCGGCCUUGCUGCAUAGAUUUGCCAUUAAGAAUGGCCGUGUGACGUACCAGAAUCGCUUCGUGGACACGGAAACAUUGCGAAAGAAUCGUGCUGCACAGAGAAUCGUGGUCACGGAGUUUGGAACGGCAGCCGUUCCGGAUCCCUGUCACUCCAUCUUUGACAGAUUUGCGGCCAUCUUCAGGCCGGACAGCGGCUCAGACAACUCGAUGAUUUCCAUAUAUCCCUUUGGGGAUCAGUAUUACACGUUUACCGAGACGCCCUUCAUGCAUCGGAUCAAUCCCUGCACCCUUGCCACCGAGGCUCGGAUCUGCACCACCGAUUUUGUGGGCGUGGUAAACCACACCUCUCAUCCGCACGUCCUGCCCAGCGGCACCGUCUACAAUCUGGGCACUACAAUGACCAGAUCUGGGCCAGCUUACACGAUCCUCUGCUUCCCCCAUGGACGACAAAUGUUCGAGGAUGCCCAUGUAGUGGCCACGUUACCCUGCCGCUGGAAGCUUCAUCCCGGUUAUAUGCACACCUUCGGGUUGACGGAUCACUACUUUGUGAUCGUGGAGCAGCCGCUCUCCGUAUCCCUCACUGAGUAUGUCAAGGCCCAGGUCCAAGGACAGAAUCUCUCUGCGUGUCUCAAAUGGUUCGAAGACAGACCGACCCUGUUCCACCUGAUUGACAGGAGUUCGGGAAAACUGGUCCAGACUUACGCAUCGGAGGCCUUCUUUUACCUGCACAUCAUCAACUGCUUUGAGCUGGACGGCCAUGUGGUAGUUGACAUUUGCAGCUACAGGAAUCCGGAGAUGAUAAACUGCAUGUACCUGGAGGCCAUUUCCAAUAUGCAAUCGAAUCCCAACUAUGCCUCUCUCUUCCGGGGACGCCCUUUGAGAUUUGUCUUGCCCUUAGGUACAGUUCCUCCGCCUAGUUCCGAAAAACGGAACCUGGUAAGGUCCCUCUCGCUGGCAGGCCUUAGUCCUCCAAAGGCUAGACGAACUAUGAAGCACUCGGCAUCUCAGUAUGAGGACAUCAGCUAUAUGCCCACCAAUGGCAGGCAGGAGACGCCGGCUGAGGAGAGUCCUACAGGAUUCGAAAAGACAGGAUGCAAAGUUGAAGAUAAUAUGAUAAAUCUGGUGACCUUGGAGGGCAGCGCAGCUGAGGCCUACCGAGCCACCAGUGGCAUCUUCCUGCGCCCGGAAAUGCUGUGCAACUGGGGCUGCGAGACGCCCAGGAUAUACUACGAGCAGUAUAUGGGAAAGAACUAUCGGUACUUUUACGCCAUUAGCUCCGAUGUGGAUGCAGAAAAUCCAGGAACUCUCAUCAAGGUGGAUGUGUGGAACAAGACCUGCCUCACUUGGUGCGAGGACAAUGUCUAUCCCAGCGAGCCCAUCUUUGUGCCCGCGCCAGAGCCAAAAUCCGAGGACGAUGGCGUCAUACUGGCCUCCAUGGUGGUAGGUGGCCUCAACGAUCGCUACGUUGGUCUGAUCGUGCUCUGUGCCAAAACCAUGACAGAGCUGGGGCGUUGUGAUUUCCACACCAAUGGACCAGUUCCCAAGUGCCUACAUGGAUGGUUUGCCCCCAACGCAGUUUAGGAUCGUGCCUCAACCUCGGGGUCCACACCCAGUAUUACUCGUAGACGUAGCCUAGAGUGCCUUUUAUUAACUUAAAACUUUGGAUUUAAAAUAUUUGCAAUAAACUCCUGCCACUUGCGCUGGAAAA